AUGUCCACGAAACAAAUUCGCACAUGCAUUCGGGAUAUCCUGGGCUAUAUAGGAGAUGAAGACAGUAAUGACUGGCACAAGGGACGACUGAAAAAACUGCAAGUAACCACCUCAACCUUGUACAAUGUGUCGUUGUCAAAAGUGAUGCUGAAACAGAAUGAAGAAGCAGCACGGUGUCAUGUAUGUGCGUACCUUGCUGCAGAAAAGCUUUCUGAGAAGUAUGAGCCUGAUUUAAAAUAUCACAGAGAUAAAAUACCUCUGGAACCAAAAUCUGCGAGUAAAAUAUUGGAUAUCUUCAGAAAUUCCAUUUUACAAAGUUCGCCAGUUAAGAACAUUUCAUGGUCUCCAAGUCCCAAAAAACGGACUCCAGUAGUUAACGGUGGUAGAUUUACUGCGAUGGACCCUAAUGAGCUGCGGAGACAGCUUUUUGGAACUCCUACGAAGGCUAACGGUAUUAUUAAAGCUAUGCCUACCGAAGAUCUUUCAAGCUUCAAUAAUGAGAGUACACCCGAGAAUACUGAGUUUGUGGAGACAAGAAGAAAAUUGACAUUCGAGGAAGAGGACCCUGCGGAUGAAGCCCUGCCGUCUACGAGAAGGUCCGAGAGUCCUCACCCUCUCGAGACCGUAGCUAAGGGACCCUUGACUGCAUCAAAUGGCAUGCUGUCGGAUACAGUAGCCGAGACAACACCAAUGCCACCUACAACCCCGAAAAAGAGAGGCCGCCCACCAAAAUCCAAGACUCCCUCGCCCAAAAAGAUUCGCAUUCAAGGACGCCCCACGAAUUCCAAAAAAGACCGCGCCGAUUCAAACCGAGGUUGUCUUCUCUACAAAAAGUACUACAAAGUAACCCCCGCAGAGGUCAUCGAUUUAUGCAAUCAUUUCGAAAUUCCAGGUGAAGUGGCAUAUAAGAUUUUGGAUCAGUUCAGUGAGCAUGCAACGUAUCUCGUAUUCCCAUUUCAAUUGGUAUGUGGUCUGGUGUUAAACUGCUGUCAAAUAAUAUUUCAUACGCGACGCGCAAAGGAUCCCCGAAUUGACGAUUACCUAUUCAAGAAAAUGGCACUUCUUAUGAAAACUUCUGAUAUGUCUGAGAUAAAGGAAUCCCUUAGAAUCGUUAGAGAACUCAUAGAUGGUGAGAAGUGGUUCCGAGCGUUGAAAGUGAGCCAUAAUUAUUACGACGGUGUCGCCUACGAAGAAGCAAUUGCCAUAAGGUUGGGCAACAUGUUGCAGAGAACUACCAAUCUUGCUACCGACGAGCAAUUUGAGGCAUGGAAGCAUAAAAUCAUGACGGAUAUGUCCCUGAGAGACGGCUGA